GGCGUCGUCUAGCAAUUCGGAUCUUUAAGUAAAGCAUUGAAUGUCGAUUUAGGAACUGGGUGAUCAAAAUUUGCUGAGAAUCCUAGCCUCGAAAGACCAGUCCGAGCAGCCGGUGAAGCGGAGAAGACAAAGAAAUGGUGAGAGUAGCCACUUACUUCGCGAUGUCAUUAGGCGCCUUCGUUUUCUGGCAAUCGAUGGAAAAAGUCCACGUUUGGAUCGCCCUCCAUCAAGACGAGAAGAAAGAGAGAUUGGAAAGCGAAGCGGAGAUUAGGAGAAUGAGGGAAGAGCUGCUUCAGCAAGCCAAGCUGAAUAAGCGUCUCGGUGGAAUUGUGGCGAAGAACCAUAAUAGUUUCCUUUUAAAAUGAGCUGGAUAAGAUAACCCCAUGAUAUGCCCAUGGACGAAUUGUUGUUUCCUUCUAUGAAUGCCGAUCUGUUUGAAAUUGAUGAGUUUUCUGUUUGUUUUGUGCUUCUCAAAUGUUCAUUUGUUAUGAUAAAGAUGAAUUGGGAAAUGAUGAAUUCCAUUACAUUGGUUAUUGAAUGCAUUUCGUUCC